AAAUUGACAUUUCAUGUUGCACGUGUAGACGGUUUGUUUUUGUUCACACUAUUUUCCUAUAAAAAAAUUAUUUCGGUUUUUUUCUCAAAAAAGUUAUACAAAUUUUGUAAAAUGUCCAACCAAGAAAAUAAAAUAAGUACUGAAACUGUAAGUACCGAAAAUCUACCUAAAGCGACUAAAAGGAAUACUACCAUCAAAUCAAAGAAAAUUAAGAAAACCGAAAAUAUACCUCGAGGACUCCCCAAAUCGGGAAGACCAUGGAAAACGCCAAAACAAAAAUUUUCAUCAAUUAAAAAAACAAUACAUAGAAAUUCACUUCAGAAGAAAACGGAACUUCGCAACGAAAUUCGUCACAUCAAAGAGCUUUCAAAAUCUAUAAAAGACGCAAAGAAAGAAGCCAAUGAACUUAAAAAGCAACGACGUCUUCAGAAUGCCGAGCGCAGAUUAGAAAAUGAACGCCGUUCUGAAGUUGUACAGGUCAUCAAAAAUCCAGCUAAACUCAGGCGAAUGAAGAAGAAGCAUAUGCGAAUGAUUGAAAAACGUGAUCUGGAUAAAGUUAAGGCUGUUUAAUUGGAGGUGCAUUUGUUAAGUAAUAAAAAGAAUAUUUUAUAAAUACGAAA